AUGGCUCAGAUCUCAGCAGCUAUUGACCCUGGCGCGGGUUGCUUGGCUGCAUUCGCGACCUCCGUCGCAUUGGCAUCAAGUGCUCUGAAAACCAUUCUUCCACCACCAUCAAUGAAUGAAUACAACGAUCAACCAACGGCCCACCACCUACAGCAACAAGGGCCCAGCAUCACCGUCAAAGAAUGGCAACCAGGGCUGCAACUACCACCACCUCCAAUGAGGGCCCAGCACCUGUCAACGAACGGUGACGAGUGCCGACCACCACCACGAACCACGUCAAAUACCCACCACCAUGAACCACGUCGAGUGCCCAUCCACAAACCACGUCGAACGCCCAUCCACAAACCACGUCGAACGUCCAUCUACCAAUCACAUUGA